GAUUUUUGUUCACCAAUCAGCAAUUCGCAUUUAAAGUAUCGGCUCGAAGCUCCUUUUGCGCCUUUUCUCUUUCAUCUCUUAUAGCAUUAAUUUGGAUUUCUCACCCCCUAAAAUAGCUUUAUUAUUUGUUGACCAGGUUUCCUGCACCAUCUGAGGAAGAUCUAUAUCCAAAUAUUAAUUAUAUCCUUCAAUUGGCUCUCUCGUUGACUCGAGGCAGAAGUAAUCUGUUCUCAUAAGAAAAAAUCAAGCUGUUGCUACUUCUAAUUUGCUUGGCUUUGUUCUGGUAUCAGUGUCCAACUUCAUUCAAUUUCUUUCUGCUAAACCUGCCCCAGGUACACAGUACACUAGCUAUCUUUGAACUUUCAAUCUUGAUUUUGAUAUAUACGUUCGAUCUCAUUAGAGUUUAUGUAAAUAAAUUGAAAAUAUCUAAUAGUUUUCAUGUAGAUCCAUGGGCUUAAUUAUUACAAAAGAGAAAAGAAGCUUCAUUUCAUUUUUUUUCCUUUUUAAUGAUAUGAAGCUUCAUUUCUUGUUAGAUUUCUCAUUCCACAAAUAAGAAAUUCAUCGAUGGAUAGCAUGGUGGACAAAAUUGCUGAGAAAGUUGAGAAUUUAGUAGGCCACCACAGAAAACUUGAAGAAGAUCUGGAGGAGUUGAGAAGCGAAUGGCAGGUUCUAAAGUGGAGAAAAACUGACGUUAAUUCAAGAAUACAAGCAGAGGUAGAGGUUCACUCGGACCAGGAGGUGAAAAAAGAAGUAGAAGGAUGGCUUGAAGAUGUUCAAAAGAUCGAACAAGACAUACAAGGGGUUGAAGAAAGAGUAGGCACAGUUCCAUACUACGGACGUGCCAGUCUUGAUAAACUUGUGCGUGGAAAAAUUGAAGUGGUGAAGAGGAUUCAAGAGAGGGGCAUUUUCGAAGGAGGCCUUGGUAUUGAGAGAGCUCCGGCUUGUGGAACUGUAAUUCCAACAGAAAAUUUAGAGGGUGAGAUUUCUACUAAAGAUGAAAUUUGGGGGUACUUGAUGGGUAAUGAAGUUGGAAUGAUCGGAGUUUGUGGCAUUGGUGGAGUUGGUAAGACUACAAUUGUGAAGCACAUUAACAAUGCUUUGUUGAGCAAUGGCAGAUUUCAGAAAGUGAUUUGGGUUACUGUAUCAUACCCUCUCAAUGUUUUAGAACUACAAAAGAAGAUUGCACUUGCUAUGGGCAAAACACUUCCAGAAGAUGAAGAAAAGAUGAUUCGGGCAGGAGCACUAAUGGAUAUAAUGGGAAGUAAGAGUUUUGUGCUAAUAUUAGAUGAUGUAUGGGAUAAGUUUUCUCUCACGGAUGUUGGAAUCCCGGAACCAGUGCAGAAUAAGAGCAAAGUGGUUAUCACUAGUAGAUCAGUUGAAGUAUGCAAUUAUUUGGAUUGUAAGAUUGUUAAAGUGCAGCCUCUUUCACCACAGGAGUCUCUAAGCCUAUUCCUAGAUAGGGUUGGGCGUGAUGUUUUACAAAAAGUUUCAGGAUUGGAAGAAACCUUGAAGCUUAUUGUGGAGGAGUGCGACGGCUUGCCACUGGCAAUUGUUGUAAUAGCAGGGAGCAUGAAGGGAGAAUAUGACAUUGCCGAGUGGAGAAAUGCCCUAAAUGAAUUACGCCAAUGUGUAAGAAGUGUGAAAUGUGUUGAAGAUGAGAUAUUUGGACGGUUAAGGUUUAGUUAUGACCGUCUAAGAAGUUUGCAAAUCCAAGAAUGCUUUCUGUAUUGCUCUUUGUUUCGGGAAGAUUAUGAGUUUUUUAGAGAGAACUUGAUUGAAGAUUGGAUUGAUGAAGGACUGAUUGUGGUUGAUGAGUUGGGAAGUAGACAAGCAGCUUAUGAUCGGGGCCGUGCUUUUUUAAAUAGGCUUCUACAGAAUUGCUUAUUAGAGGAAUGCGUUGGAAUUACAGUUAAGAUGCAUGAUGUUGUGAGAGACAUGGCUAUCAAAAGCAUUGGUCUUGGAUGUGGAUAUAUGGUAAAAGCUGGCAUUAAAUUGAAUAAGGUACCGAAUGAAAGUAAGUGGGAAGGAGAUCUUAAGAAGGUAUCUCUAAUGGCAAAUGACAUUUCAAAGAUUCCUGUUGGUUUGUCCCCAAAGAGUCCGUUGCUGUCAACUUUGAUAUUGUCAAAUAAUCCUACUUUGUCAGAGAUUCCAAGUUCCUUUUUUGAAAGUAUGGUCGGACUUAAGGUUCUUGAUCUUGCUGGUACUGGUGUUAAAGCUUUACCUGAUUCCAUCUCUAACUUGGUGAAUCUCUUUGCACUGCGGUUGAGGGAGUGUAGGAGCUUAAAGCACUUGCCUUCCUUAGCAAAGCUCAGGGCAUUGAAGAAGUUGGAUCUGUGUAUGGUAGGGAUAGAGGUGGUCCCUCAAGGCAUGGAGAUGUUGGGAAGUCUUGAAUAUCUUGAUUUAAGUUGUCAAAAUCUGAAAGAGAUUCCAACGGGAAUAUUUCCUAACCUUUCCAGUCUCCAGUACUUGGUUGUAUAUCCAAGCGGCGAAAUUACUAGAAGGAUAAAUAUAGAAGAGGCUGCUAGCUUGAGCAAUUUGGAGAGUUUGGAAUGUAGAAUGGAGGUCCAAGACUUCAACUAUCUUGUUAAUAAGUCUAAAGAUUUUGACAAUCUUACGGCUUAUGAAUUUCGACUGACAAGAGAUGAAGGAGAGAUCGGACGUGGUGGAUUUUUUGAUUUCCAUCAACGUAAGGUUUCUAUUCAUGACUGUGAGAUUGGAGAAGAAUGUAUAGUGCUUCCAGAUACUCUUGAGGGUUUGUGGAUCUGUAACUGUAAAAACAUGAAAAACAUGAGAUGCAGCUUAAAUAAAACAGUUUUGUUAGAAAAUGCAACCGAGUUGAGAAGAUGUUUUAUUGAAGAUUUUGAAGGGAUAGAGUGCAUAGUUGAGUUGGACUCAUCCUCUUCCUCCUUACUGAAUAAGCUCGAAGACUUGAGCCUUCAUGACUCGUCUAACUUGAGUGUACUUGUGAGAGUGGAAGGAGUAGUAACACCACCGCAGAUCUUUUCCAAUCUUAAAUAUCUUUGGAUAAGAUUUUGUUCAGCAAUGAGGAACUUGGUUCCACUUGAGCUGCUGCAGGCCCUCCAAAACUUAGAGGGCAUUCAAUUUAGGGGAUGCGAACAAAUGGAGGAGAUAAUAGCAUCAUCAGAUUCAGAUGCAUCAUCAUCGAAUAAAUUCACUUUCACUUUUCCUAAUUUAAGGACAUUGAUCUUGGUGCAAUUAGGCCAAUUGAAGAGCAUUUGUGGUGACAAAGGUGUUAUGGUUUGUGAUUCUAUUGAAGAAAUUCAAAUAAUUCAAUGUCCGAAGUUAAAGAGGUUCCCUUUACAGCUUCCUCUGCUUGACAAUGGCGAGCCAUCUCCUCCUCGUUUUCUCAAAAAAAUAGGGAUAGAUGAAGAGUCAAAAGAAUGGUGGGAAUCAGUGGUUGAGUUGAAUCAUCCUAACGCUAAGAACAUACUCCAACCCUUCUUGAAAUUUACUCCAUUUCGUGAAUGGAGUGGUUGGUAAACAAGUCACGUGCGAGUCCAUAACACGUGCCAAUAAAACCCCUCCUUCCAGUACUCCACAACGAGGACAAUGCAAAAAGUGCUUCUGACAUGGGAAAGCCUUUGUAUUGUGGAAGAGAUGAGAUUGGGAUUGAGAUUGAGAUGCAUCCACCCUUCACCCUCUGCACUACUGUGCUAUCUCAUAAACUCCAACCAUGAUCUUUUCUCAAGCAAAGGCAACUUCUCUCGUUGGAACAGCAAAGCAAAAGAAAACGGGAUUGGACUCACCCACUGCCACUAGUCUUUGAUGUCAUUGACAAUAAUGUUUGAUUUUUUUUUACCAAUUUAUGUCUUUUUUGAAUUGUAUUGGGUGAACUUGGUUUUGUUUCUUUUGGUAAUUUGUUUGUGUUGUAAGUUGUUAAGCACAUGAUAUGUUAUGGGAUUUCUACUCUUGUUUCUCUGGUGCUUCAUAUACUCAAUCUGUUAAAUCAAUUUGAAAUCUUAAAUUUUUGUAAUAUUUACCUUUCAUAUUUGCUUUGUUGACUUGACUACUGGAGAACACUUGACAACACUCCACUGCCUUUUUCCACUCUUGCAAGUUUUUUUUUUUUGUUCAUUUCAUUUACUUUUCUAUCAUUUGCAAUCCUUGAUUGUUUUAGUUACUGAAAGGGAAACAAUUUCUGUAGAUUGAAGUGAACAGAAAAGGGAGUUCCUGUCUAGGAAUCCAUAACAGAAAAGUACUCAGUUCUCAUAAACCCUAAGUAAUUUUAGCACAAUUGGUAGGCAAUUGGCUAGAAGAGAUCCAGGUUCUAGUCCUUGAUGAACUCCAAGUAGUAAGUGUCAAUUUUGCUGUCUUCAUUUUCUAUCUCUAUUUGUACUUUGACUCUUCAAAAUUAAUAUUAUUCACCUCCAAUUGUAAUAUAAUAUGCUUUUCAUG